CCCAGACCAAGAUAUCAUCACGAUGAACGUGGCCGAGAUCCACGCAGUGAUGCUGGCAGCGAACGCGCCUCCGGCCAAGGACACGACGCUCAAAGAGAUCUUAUGCGACUACGAGACGAAGCGCUACGACGAGCUGCAGUUUGGACUCAUCCAAGGCCAGACGCAAAUGAACGGCCGGACGCUGCAGUUUGCGCCAUCGUACGAAGAUGGAUACACGCGCAGCACGCAAGAAGCCUCCCGUGGACGCAUUCGCGCCGUCUUCCUCGUCGGUCUCUUGGUCUACGCCGGGCUCAUGGGCCACAGCUGGUAUCUGACACCGCCAUCGACGCUGGUCCUCGCGCUCGAUGUGGGCGUUGCGCUCCUAGCCUUCGCCAUCGGACUCGGUCUUACGUUUGCGCCAUGCAUCAACCUCGAGGGCGUCACAUGCGGCGUCUUUUUCGUCGUUGCAUCGGUGCUCAUCGCCAAGAAGCCACUGCAACGGAGCCACGGCCCUGUCUUGCCUCUCAUGCUGCUGCUCAUCCCGAUCUUUGGCCUCACACGCAUGCGCUUCCUCACGAGCUGCGUCCUCGGCGUCGGUAUCUUGUUGCUCUACAUGGUCGUCCAGCUCUUUGCCAGCGUCUACGUCGAUGGCGCCGACGCUGCCCGCGACGUCAUGUACCAAGUCUUCAACUAUGCGAUCCGCGUCUUUGGCGGUAUGGUGUCGCACUACCGCCAGGAAGUGCUACGGCGGCGCAACUACGCACUCGAGCUGCCUUUUCAGGGGCUUCUCGACGGCGACGAGGCCAUGCUUAUCGUGUCCAGCGUCUCGACGUCGUCGCUCUGGCAUCCGUGGAGCCUGAGCUUUGCGCACGCCGAGCUCGAAGCUGCGUUCUACCGGUUCUGGUACCUCCUCGACCCGUUCCCGUUCGAAAACGUGCACGACCCUGCGCUCCACCGCCGGGUGUUCGGCACCGUGCGCUACGCUCUUCUCAGCGUCCUCCUCGCGCAAGUGCUCUUAGCGAUCCAAGACGUCAAGCUCCUACCGUCAUCCAUCCAAGAUCUGGCAUGGUGUACGCGGUUUGGCGUCGUCGUGCCCGCCUAUCUCUUGAUGGCCAGCGUGCUCUACGGCCUCAGCCACUCAUUUGCUGCCCGCGCGUUGCCGUCACAGACUGCGCUCUCCGAAGAAGCGUCUCGCCUCACGUACGCCGCGUACCUCAAGCAGUCGCUGCUCGACCACAUCCUGCUCCAUGCCCACGGCGGGUACGUCCGGUACGCGCAGUGGCUUGCAGGGCUUGUCGUGCUGCUGCACAUUGCUGCCAUGGCGACACUCGUGCUCCUUGUCUACUCGAACCCAGCGUCGCAGCGCUGGACCGACUUGUACUUCAUGGGGCUCCUCAACGCUCUCCUGUUCGUGCACCGGUCGGGCUUUCGCGUUAGGUUUGUCUAUGCGUCGACGACGACAGCAAUCGCGGGGGCGGUCUUCAUUGGCGUCUCGGCGCUCUACUUGGAGCGAAACAUAUGGGUCCCAUACGCGUGCUACUGCGGCGCGAUCCUCCUGCUCGGCAGCGUCACCUCGUACGAAGAAGAGUCGCUCCGCCGGUCGUUCUUUGUGCUGCGCUCGCUGCGCACGAGCCAGUUUCGGCAAUGGCGCGCGUCUGUCGUCAAGGUCCAGAGCUGGAUGCGCCGCCGGUUGCGAAAGAAGCUGCAGAACCUCCGGCGACGCCACGCACCAACAAGCGCUCCGAAUCCGACGGCCGAUGGCACGUCGGCGCGACUCGCAACCGCGACGCGCGUCGGCGUCUACGGCCAAGUCGUUCAAGUGCUGGCCGAAGUGCUCUAGUCAAGAACGGGCGGCGCCCACAAACUUGCGGAAAGACGUACUAGUAUAUUGUACUAUCAAGUUAUCAAGUGAAGAGCACGAUGCGGCUAUUCCUGCUGGAUGCACAUGUGAUUGCUGUUCCACGGCGGGCGCUUGGUCGUGUCGGGAAUCUCGUCGCGCAGGAGCCGGA